CAGCUUCCAACCCCCCCACAACAGUCACAAUGGGCAGCCUAGCCACCGAGACCACAUCCACCUUCACGCCGCCUCUGAAACAGAGGGCUUUGACAGUCAACGACCACGAUGAGGUGAUAAUCUGGGAUGACGCGCCAUGCCCAAAGCUGCCCGUAGAUCAGGUCUACGUCCGCGUCGAGGCCGUCGCGCUUAACCCUAGCGAUACCAAGAUGCGAGGCAACUUCGCCACGCCGUGGGCCUUCCUGGGCACCGACUACUGUGGGACGGUGGUCGCGGUUGGCUCCGAGAUUACGCACAUCAAGGUGGGCGACCGGGUUUACGGAGCCCAGAACGAGAUGUGCCCUCGCACGCCCGACCAGGGGGCCUUCGCCCAGUAUACGAUUACGCGUGGACGGAUCUGGGCUAAGGUACCUGACAGCUGGACCGCGGAGGCUGCCGCUGCGUUGCCUGCGGGCAUCAGCACGGCUGGCCUGGCUUUGAAGCUGCUUGACAUUCCAUUGCCGUACACAAGCGAUGCUAAGCCUAGCAAGACGACAUAUGUCCUUGUGUACGGCGGGAGCACGGCUACGGCCACUAUCACAAUGCAGUUCUUGAGAGAGUCUGGCUACGUUCCCAUCGCGACUUGCUCACCUCACAACUUUGGCCUGGCGAAGGAAAGUGGCGCUCAAGAGGUGUUUGACUAUCGUGAUGCACAAUGUGCGGAGAAGAUUCGCGCCUACACCAAAAACAACCUCCGAUAUGCACUGGACUGCAUCACAAACGUGGAAUCCACAACGGUAUGUUUCAAGGCCAUCAGCCGCGCCGGGGGGCGAUACGUGUCCCUCAACCCGUUUCCUGAGCACGCAGCUACGCGGAAGAUGGUGACCACCGAUUGGACUCUUGGCCCAACCAUUUUCGGGGAGGGCUCGACCUGGCCUGCACCCUACGGGCGUGAGGGCUCAGAUGAGGAGCGUGAGUUUGGUGCUUUGCUCUGGCGCGUUGCCGGAAGGCUCGUCGAGGAGGGCAAACUGCAUCAUCACCCUUUGCGUGUGGUACAGGGUGGAUUUGAGCAGGUGAAGCAAUCGAUGGAGGUUGUCAGGGCCGGAGAGCUGUCGGGAGAGAAAAUCGUCGUUCUUUUCAAGAAUUAGAGCCGGCAGUAUACCGUCGAAGGUACAUGGCACAGCCAGUCGGCAUAAGCCUUUGGAUACAAGCGGUAGGCGAAACUAGCUUUAAAAUCGAUUUUUAGCGAGAACAGCAAAACCUACGGAAAGCCGUAAGGAUCAAUCGUCC